UCUGCCAUCAGGUGACAGUCUCCCCUGUUGGCCACACGGUUGCGCUCACAGACCGUACGCCAAGUGCCUGUUACUGCGCAUGCGUAUUCCGUUCACAGAGCAGAGCCCAUUUCCUCCAGCAGCAGGCCUCACAGAGCUCCAACAUACACAGACGUUUACAUACAGUCAAACAGACACAUUUGCGGAGUACGAACAACCGUCAAGGGAAAGCCACGUUUGGGAUUGUUUAAUCUUAACGCCGCGAAAGCUGAAUGCCCCCCAGCCGCAGGAGUUGUCCCAAUGGGCCUUCGCCGCUAAUUUGCAGAAGCGUUUGUUCGACUCCACAGUGGUAGCUUUGGCUCUGAUGGUACUACCUGAACAGUGACCGCUGCCUGCCUGAGGACACCUGCUGCCCAAUUCCUUUCAACAUGUCUGGGAUCCAUUCACCAUGGUCGAAUGGCACAGAGUGUGUAGCCAAAUACAACUUCCAGGCUUCCAAUGAACAGGACCUGCCCUUCUGCAAAGGAGAUGUACUCACCAUCAUCGGAGUUACCAGGGAUCCCAACUGGUACAGAGCGAGGAACACAGUGGGCAGAGAGGGCACCAUCCCAGCUAACUAUGUCCAGAAAAGGGAAGGAGUCAGGUCAGGAGGGAAACUCAGUCUAAUGCCCUGGUUUCAUGGGAAGAUAACUCGGGAGCAGGCUGAGCGGCUCCUCUACCCGCCAGAGACAGGUUUGUUCCUGGUGAGAGAGAGCACCAACUAUCCCGGCGAUUACACCCUGUGCGUCAGUUGCGAGGGCAAGGUGGAGCACUAUCGCAUCAUCUACCACAAUGGCAAGCUCACCAUUGAUGAAGAGGAGUACUUUGAGAACCUCAUGCAGCUGGUGGAGCAUUACACCAAAGAUGCCGAUGGCCUUUGUACCAGGCUGAUUAAACCCAAGUUAAUGGAAGGAACAGUGGCAGCACAAGACGAGUUCUCCAGGAGUGGCUGGGCCUUGAACAGAAAGGAACUCAAACUCAUCCAGACCAUUGGGAAAGGGGAGUUUGGAGAUGUAAUGGUAGGAGACUAUAGAGGGACCAAGGUGGCAGUCAAGUGUAUCAAAAAUGAUGCCACAGCACAGGCUUUCAUCGCCGAGGCUUCUGUCAUGACGCAACUGAGGCACAACAACCUGGUGCAGUUGCUAGGGGUAAUUGUGGAGGAGAGGGGCAGUCUCUACAUCGUCACAGAAUAUAUGGCCAAGGGCAGCCUAGUGGACUACCUACGCUCUCGAGGACGGACUGUGCUCGGUGGAGACUGCUUACUUAAAUUCUCACUUGAUGUGUGUGAAGCCAUGGAAUACCUGGAGGCCAACAACUUUGUCCACAGAGAUCUGGCAGCUCGUAACGUGCUGGUGUCGGACGACAACAUUGCCAAAGUCAGUGACUUCGGCCUCACCAAGGAGGCCUCCUCCAUACAGGACACUGCCAAGCUGCCCGUCAAAUGGACCUCCCCUGAAGCGCUAAGAGAGAAGAGGUUUUCCACCAAGUCGGACGUCUGGAGUUAUGGAAUCCUACUUUGGGAGAUCUACUCCUUUGGGCGUGUGCCUUAUCCUAGAAUUCCGCUGAAAGAAGUGGUGCCGCGGGUAGAGAAGGGCUACAAGAUGGACGCUCCAGACGGCUGCCCACCCGUGGUGUACGACCUGAUGAAGCAGUGCUGGACCCUGGACCCUGUGGUGCGGCCCUCCUUCCGCAUGCUGAGGGAGAAGCUGCAGCAUAUCAGAGCCAAGGAGCUCUACCUGUGAAGAGGAAGCGGAGGGUGGGCGGGGUGGGUAGGGUUAUGGGGGAUGCAGCCCAAGACAGCUGCAAAGUGGGAGGAGGAGAAGGAAAAGAGGAGGGACCACAGCUCCUCUGUACUGCCUGGCCAGCCUGUUGACCUGUGGGACUGCCAUACUGGGCCCCCUCCACCUCCCCCGACCUCAGCCAUCCACUAGCCGUCCUCUGCUUCCAUACAAGGACUGUUUCCUGUUUGUGUUGUAUAGCUUUUACCAGACAGUUUCCUUUUCUCUCAAUGGGCCUCUGCUCUUUCCUCCUCCUAUCCCUGGCUCUGCUCAUUCAUUCUCUCUCUCUCUCUAUCUCUCUGUCUGUCUCUUCUCACUUGGGCCAAGUUUCUCUUCUUCCUCUACCUGGAAGACCCUUUUUCUUUAUUUUAUUUUCCCUCCCCUCCUCCUCCUCUCCUGAAAUGGCAUUAACUGGAGGGGUGGCUGGCCUUUUCCUCCACGUUUGUCAGGUGCUCCACCCCAUCCCCCUCAUCAUUCCUGGAUCACUGUAUCACCUUGUGGUUCUGCAUGCCUUUCAGCUCGGCUAUCGGUCAUUCCAUCCUUCCAUCGAUCCCUCCCUCCCCUCAGCAUGGUGUCAGGUGUGGGGCCUUUGCUCUGUGCCUAAGUGCCUCCAGUCUACAGAGCUCCAAACUUCCUUCCAACACUUCUUUCAAUUGGACUGUUGUGCUUCAGUUUUUUAAAUUAUAUUUUUAAGAAUUUUUUUUUUUUUUUUUUUUUUUACUGCUUUCAUUUUGUUUGUUUGUUUUCAGGGAGGUUCUCAAACCAUUUUUCAGUGCUGUCUCUAUUGUCUCCCCCACCUCCACUAUUUCCACAUCAGCCGGGAUGUUUUACUCUCAAAUGUCCACGAAGAGAGCAUGAACAGGAAGAGAGAGGAUUCAGGAGCUAGUAUUGUGUUCGUCCUCCAGCCGAGACAGGCCGGAAGAGUGGUGGGGAGGCAGGACAAAUAACAGGAGGAGAAGGGGGAGAGGCAGUUCACAAACAUGGUCAAUUCAUCAUCCAUGGGCUUGUUUUAUAUCAAAAUAUAUUUAAUGGAUUUAAAAAAGAGCAAGGAAAAUGCUGACUGUGGCAGAGAAUAAAAAAGGAGGACUUUGAGAAGCCAGGAGUCUCUUGGCAUGAUCUAGGAAUGAUUAGUGUCUCUGUGAACGCUGGGGUCAGGGUGGUGCAUGCUGUGUGUGAGAGGCCUUGGGUUCAACUGUCAGUGCUUUCAAUGUUCAUUGUUUUAUUAUGCUGUCAUGAUUAUGAAUAAAUCAUUCCAUCUGA